AUGUUUACGGACAAGUCGCCGAUUAGCGAAAGUUUGAAGCGGCUUUUGCUUUGCAUGAUGUUUUUUGCUGAACUCAUGGAUACGAUGGUCACAAUAUUUCGGCCAAUCAUUUACCUUCCUGCUUUUGUCAUCAAGCUCCCCAAUGACUCCAAUUUUCCGACGCUUUCUGUGGUUCUUGGAGCGCAAGUAUAUUUCCUUUGCUUUUCCGGUGUAUUUUUCACCUAUUUCCGAAGCGGAAUUCUGAAGCGUCGUCUGCUCGACAUCGACCAACACCAUUACUAUCGAUUUAUGGAAAUCUACGCUUAUAUUAUGUUUACUUCUCUCGGGAUCACACUGAGCUGCUUCAUUUGGAUGCCUUACUUUGAAGGAACGCUGAAAAAUUAUGACAGAGCUGAUGUGUGCAUUUUCGAGCCAUUAUACUGCGGUCGAGGGCCAAUAAUUAUCGCAAGCCGACCUGACGUAUUGAAUGCCAUGUUUCGGGUUGCAUUUUGGAUCUCGGCCGUCGGGAUUGUGCUCUAUUCGACAACCGUAUUCACCGCGGUCAAGGAGUUGUUCUCCAGCAACGUUAAAAAGAGCAGUAGAAUCGGUCAAGUCAGCUGUUUAUUCAUCGAAAGUCACUCGUUAUUCAACGGGUUGGUGUUUAUUUUUGCUACAAAAGCUUAUCGUGAGAAGCUUUGGAGUUGGCUGACUUUCCGGAAAGGAAACCAUCAGCAAGCCCGAGUCCAAGUCGUAAGCUUACCAAAUGUGCUAUCGAUCACCGAAAUCAAGUGUGGUUACCUGAAACCGAUAGACGCAACAUCGAAGAGUAUU